AUGUUGAGGUAUGGUUGUAAUGGAAUUUUGGGGUUAGGGAAAAGAACACCCCGAACCGGAACACGAGGUGUGUUGGUAAGAUUAUACCAUGAAAGAAUUGUGGAUCAUUACAAUAGCCCACGGAACGUUGAAUCUUUUGAUGAAAAUGAUCCUACAAUAGCUUCUUUAUCGGUAGCUACUGAAUGGAUCAAGGGAAGGCAGGAAGAGGAAGUCUUAACCAACAAAAACACUGAAAUAGUGAAUAAUCCUUCACUCACUGCAGAGGAUGUAAUCAGGGUUGCAUUGAAAGAUUUUAAAGCAAAGCAAGUCAAGGCUGGAAUCAGUGCCAAUGCUAAGGAGAACGAGGCUGCUCAUGCGUGA